CAUAAGCGGGCGGUACAGCUCAAGACCAACUUGUCAAAGUUCGUUAUUGUCGACCAUAUCAGAUAUAUAUAAAAUACUUAAAAUCCUACACUCGAUUGAUUUAAACCAAAAAGAAUUCAGUUUAAACUAGUUAAAGCUAUUUUUCUAACAAAAUAUAGUUAAAAUAUGUUUGGGGGCUGAUUAGAGGUACCCCGACCGUAUACGGCCCAGUAAGUAGUUUAUGUGGCGGUAUUGUCAGCCAUAUUGUCUCUGAGACAGCAGAAAUCACACUCAAGAGACGAGUAUACAGCAGAGGGAAAAGAAGGAACUUUGUUAAAAGUCAGAUUUGUUGAUAAAAUUUGGGAUCACGACUUACUCCCCAAGCUGUCCCAAGGCACCUCCAGUGGCCCCUUGCCCACAGGCGAGGCCCCCCUUAAACCCCUUGCCCUGUCAGGAAGAGAUCUUACCCCCCCUCCUUCCCCUCCCUCCCUACCUCCCUCCCUCCUUCCCUUCCUCCUUCCUUAUCCAUCCUUUGCUGGUGUGGUAACAGCCUCCCCUUCCUCACCUCUGCCAAGCUGUGGGACAUGUCAGGACCCGUGCCUAGCCGGGCCCGCGUGUACACAGAGGUCAACACACACCGCCCCAGGGAGUACUGGGACUACGAGUCUCAUGUGGUGGAAUGGGGAAACCAAGACGACUUCCAGUUGGUGAGAAAGCUGGGGCGUGGGAAGUACAGUGAGGUCUUUGAAGCCAUCAACAUCACAAACAACGAGAAGGUGGUGGUGAAAAUACUCAAGCCUGUGAAGAAAAAGAAGAUCAAGCGUGAAAUCAAGAUACUGGAGAACCUGAGAGGAGGGCCUAACAUUAUCUCCCUCAUAGAUAUCGUUAAAGACCCAGUGUCCCGUACACCUGCCUUGGUCUUUGAACAUGUCAACAAUACUGACUUUAAGCAAUUGUACCAGACUCUAACGGACUACGACAUUCGAUUCUACAUGUACGAAAUCCUAAAGGCCCUCGAUUACUGCCACAGCAUGGGGAUUAUGCACAGGGACGUGAAACCGCACAACGUGAUGAUUGAUCACGAACACCGCAAGCUGCGCCUUAUUGACUGGGGUCUGGCUGAGUUUUACCAUCCAGGACAGGAGUACAAUGUCAGGGUGGCGUCCCGCUACUUCAAAGGACCCGAGCUGCUAGUCGACUACCAGAUGUAUGACUACAGUCUGGAUAUGUGGAGUCUGGGCUGCAUGCUGGCCAGCAUGAUUUUCAGGAAAGAGCCUUUCUUCCACGGCCAUGAUAACUAUGACCAGUUGGUGAGGAUAGCCAAGGUGCUGGGGACUGAAGACCUGUAUGACUACAUUGACAAGUACAACAUUGAGCUGGAACCCCGCUUCAAUGACAUCCUGGGAAGGCACUCUCGUAAGCGGUGGGAGAGGUUUGUCCACAGCGAGAACCAGCACCUGGUGAGCCCCGAGGCGCUGGACUUCCUGGACAAGCUGCUGCGCUACGACCACCAGGCCCGUCUGACGGCCCGCGAGGCCAUGGAGCACACCUACUUCUAUCCUAUUGUGAAAGACCAGUCUCGAAUGGCGGGUUCAGCUAACCUGCCCGGUGGGAAUACAGCUGUGAGCACAGCCGGCAUGAUCACUGGAAUCUCUGCCCUGCCGGCGUCUACUGCCCUGGGCGCGCUGACGGGCUCACCUGUCCUCUCUGCUGCCACCACUGCCAUGAGCACCCCCAUGCCCGCUGCUGCUAGUGUACCCCAGUAAUGGAUGGCUCCUCCUACUUCCUGGGGAGGGCGGACGACCGACCGGUGCCAUUCUGCCAGUCCAAUUCACCUGAACGUAUUACCGUCUGACUGUUCCUCUUCUCAGAAUGAACGCGUUCAACCUGACAUUUGAAAUGAAUGUUCUGUCUGUGUCGUGAAAACAUACAGGUAUUCCUUUCAUUUUGACAACAUAAUAGUAGCAAGCUAAAUAAUGCGUGUGUAUGUGUGCAUAUGUUCACUGUCUAAAAAUGAGUGAUGGACAUUUGUCUGUACAGUAUAUUCCAAAUACACUGGGUAGGUUAUUGACAAAAGCUAAAUACUUGGCAAGAACAACUGUAAGCAAUUCUCAAACUCAGUCUAGAACUGUAACCACCCCACCUCACAAGGCUCUCUUCUGUGGUACACAGAAGGGUUUUGGUGCUGUUCCCUGCUCCAGGUGAGUACUCUGAAGCCUCCUCAAUCUGCAUAUUCUAAAGGACACUUCAACACCUCUUGCCUGAAUAAUUUUGACUUGCCGUUCUCUUAGACUAGAUACCAGGCCUUUGAUAUGUUUCCCCUCAUCGUUUUUUGUUUUUGUACUGAAAUGCUGUAGAGUGCUGAAUGACGUUCAGUUUUGUGUUGAAAUGGCCCUGAUGCAUUGUCCUUUUUGAUUACAAAUGUAUCCAUUCAGGGUUAUUUUAUUUUCCUUCAUACUUGCUGCUUUCCAGUUUCUUGAAUUACUUCAAGUCAUAACCAAAGCUUACUCAAUCUUGGAAAGAGACUUACCAAACAUUCAAAGUUCUGUGAGGGGAGAAAGAGUUACUCUUGAAAAUGCAUAAUGUGAGCUGAAUACUGAUUUGUGGAGAAAAAAUAGGUUGUGUAAAAUAUAAACAGAUUAUAAUUGCACCGGAGUUGAGUUGAAUUAAAUGUUUCUGUACUUGUGUUUUGGAGGAAAGUAAGAUGUUUUUCCUUUUUUUGUAUUUAGUUUGUUUCAGAGGUAGGGCUUGUGAUUGAUCGCCUACGCUUAGAUGUGGAAAAAAGUGUUAGUGACGGGUUGAAUUUUCCCAGUGUUUUAGUGCCAGAGAUGGAAGGCUUGUGAGCGAAGACACUGCUGUACAUAUGCAUCUUUUUUCCAUUGGAAAUUUCUCAACAUGCAAUGACUACAAUACAUGCAAAAUCAACUUGAUUAUAAAGUAUGAGUCCUUACAUCACUGUAUAUAUUUUUAUGUCCCCAUGUAGAAGACUAGUAUUUGAAAAGUUGUGUAAAUAAACAUGUUUUAUUUAUCAAA